UACGCCAGCUUCGCACGUGUUUAUUUCGGUCUAGUUAAGGAACCGGUGAAAUAACUAAUAAAUGUACUUUGUAGUUAAUUGCUUGUAUCGUUAAAUACUUAAAGUGAUAAGUAGAAUCGACAGAGUGCCAAAAUGACUACCGGUUUACAAGCCCAGCUGCUGCGGCUUGCGGCUCCCCAGACAUCGCUUCUGUACGACAGUCGCAAAAAGCCUUCGAUUCUGUUCAAGGAAGGUGAGGCCGCCAGCAAAGAUCGUGAAGUAAUCUACGACAUCGGUGUUAGCGGACUGGCGGAACUGACUCAGCUGAACUCCAGUUUCGCCUAUUUCGAGGAUACGUUGUUCGAUAAAACGUCAAUCAACUUGCAACGAGCGGUCGAAAAUAAGGAAUUGAAUCAAAAGUUGGAUGCCAACAUUAGAAAGUUCUUUUUCCAUUUGUCGCCCUAUUUCAUGCUGCGGCCAGCUCACAAAUGUCUGGAAUGGCUCAUACGACGGUUUCACAUUAACGAGUACAAUCGGGAGGAUUUCGUUAAUCUGAUUUUGCCCUACCAUGAGACGAUAAUUUUCGUUCGCUGUGUGCAAACUCUGACCAUUUCGGGUGACAAGGAUCCGUUCUACUGGUUGAACGGGGUUAAAAAGAAAGGUGUGCCGUUGUCUAAGAAGGCGAUUAUUAAUCAUGCCGCGGGGCGGCUGGGUUUUCUCAGUGCAUAUGGAAAGUUUUUGGUUCAGGCAGUGAACGAGUUGGAAAACAAGGCGAACGUGCUGCAAGCGAUGAUUGCAUUUUUCUGUACGACCACUAUUGGUGUGUUGGAUGGAUUGGAGACUGUCGGGGAAAAUUUUGUCAGUGCUGUCUUGCGCACGCUGGUCAAAGGUAUGAGCUCGAAGGCAGUUGAUUUUACGGCAGCCAGUUAUAUGAUUGUCGGUCAUCUGGUUACAAAAGCAAGUCUGUCGCGGAAGGCACUGGAAACGUUGCUUGUGAGGCUGUGCGGAGGAAUGCACCUCUCGCUGGUGGAAAAUGCUGUUAUGCUGAUGGUUUUGAUUGUUCAAACUCAGAAAGAGCAGCUGGGAGAGCUUUCGGACAAUGUUAUUGAAACCAUUCUGGCAAGUAAAUGGUUACUACAAACGUUGGCCGCCGUGAAGAAGGAAGGCGUCAGUAUAAUUGCGCUGGUUGAAAUACUGCUGGAAAACUGCUUGAGAAAAAUUUGUCGGCAGCAGUCUGAUUUGGAUAUUUACAAACGAUUUUGCGAGGAAUUGUUACAGGAAAUAUCACUGAGUGAGGAAGAAUCGGAAAUUAUAAUUCAAUGUACUUUUGAUUGUUAUUUUCGAAAAAGUGAAAAAGCUCCAGCUCCUAGUUCUAGAGACGAAAUAAUUAGUCUAGAUUCAGAGGACGAAGAUUUUGAACGUAAGGAUGAUAAUGUUACCCGUUGGUAUUCGGAUUUUCUCCGUCAGCUGGAAAUGCAAUAUCCUAAUGCAUUCGACAAAACAGUGAAACUGGUUAUGAAAGGCCAGGGAAACUUUUCCCAAAACAAACGCAACGCAUUGCGGAAUGUGCUUGGAUUUUUGAUGAGAGUUUCGUGUGAUGAACAGGAUACGAAUGUGUUCGAAAAUUUAUUCCACUACGAUGUUGAUCGUAGAACGGAUGCCGUACGUUAUUUGGUAGAUAACUUUCAAAGCAUAAGCUUGAAGAACGAAGGCAGUUUUGACUUGAUGAAGGAUAGCAUUCACGAGCGACUGGACGAUGAUAACAGUGAAGUCGUGGCGGAGGUACUCAAACUGAAAGUAAAGGACCUUAUUAAGCUGAUCGGAAAAGAUCAAUUAAUUGAAAAACUUGUUAAGAUUAGUCGGAAAUGCCUUCGGUAUAUGGACAAGUGGGAGGCUGUAACCGUGGAAGUGAUCAAAUUGUUAACAAACAAAUUGGUUUACGAGGCGAGUAAUUUGAACAAGAUUAUCAUUGCGCUGUACCCUUUUAUGCUGCCGUCAGAGGAUGAUGUUCUAGGUGAAAAAAUGGCUAAACUUAUUCGUGCAACUGAAUUUUGCAAGAGAUAUAAUAUUUUGAUGCUAUCGACAAUCAAAGUAGAGAGCGUCGAUUGUGAGUCAAUUUUGACCACCUUAGAAGAAAUGCUUGGAAGUGGGCAACGCUUUCACCCUAUUGAGGUUUGCUUCAACGUUUUGCUGGUAACAUCGUCACUACCACAGGAUGCUUCAAUCGAACUGGCGACCCGAGUAUUUCGGUUUGCAAAUCGUCUUCUAAGUGGAAAGUUUAAGUACGCCCCUUCGUCCAGUUUGAGCUGCUUGAAGUUGAAUCGUUUGCCGAUGGACAUUUAUGUGAUCAUCAGCGGUUAUUUGAUUGAACGUGUACAAUUUGACACCCAAAAUGUUGAUCUUUCCAAUCAGUCGCCAUCGUUGAGGUUGCAGUUGAAGAUUUUUCGGCUGCUAGUGGAGAAAUAUUUUGAGAUGGAAGAUGAACACCAGGAGAUGAAGAAGGUUUACGGGAAGGAACUGAGUAAAUUCUUGAAGCGAUUGUAUCCAGUGGUUGGAGAUAGGGUAGAGUUCCUGACUAGCUUCUACACUGUACAUUUGAUUGAGGAGACCUUGGGCGAAGAUGAAGAGCCAAGUCGUAUCGAACCGGAGCUGCAGAUCAGAGCUUUUCAACUGCUGAAUGCAAUGAUUUUGCAAACUGGUUGCAACCUAAGAUUCGACAUCCUGCUUAACACCAUGCUUGGCCUAACGUCCGAAUCGUCGGUGGUUCGUGAAUGCGCCGUCGACACGUUGCAACUUAUGGCGAAUGGGGCAAACGUUACGAUCGAUCCGAAAAUUGCCUCGUUUCUCACGACGCUUCUAAGACGUCGGGAAGAACUGGCAAUGGAUGGUGAACAGCUUUCGUUGGUGCUGUUCACAAUGUUUUCCAAGAGCAAAAGCGGUUCGCUGGAAGGUGUUCUUAAGCAACUGAUCGAAAAAACUGCCACCGGAUCGCAGUACAUUUCUGCUGGAAUUUUAGAUAUGCUUAAGUUGCUUGAUUCCAAUGAGAUCUUCGCAAAAACCGUGUUUCGUGGAAGUGAUAUACUAGAAAAGACAAAAGAGCAAAAACUGCCCUGCGUCUUCGAUUGCUAUGAGUCUCGGUUGCUUAGGCUGCUGGUAGCAAGAAUCAAUCCAAACCUGACGCUAUCACUUUACGACAAGUUCCUUCAACUUGGGCUUUCGAACCAUGUGCCCCUGAGCAGCGUGGAUGGCAAGUACUGUUCCACUGCCAUUUUACUUAUAGAUACCCUUGAAGAAGAACUGUUCGGAACGUUUUCCGAAACUUAUGCCGUUAAAAUACUUCGAAUGGUGGUAGAUGCUGCUACGGUAUCACAAAAUCCAGAGACUGUCGCGGCGGCUGGAAGAUUUUUCAGAAAUCAAACACUGGACGCUAGUUGGAUGCUAGAUAUAUUGGAUGAGAUGAAGAACCAGCAAAAACCUCAGGGGAAAAAGAAAAGGAAAUCCGGACCAACGACAGUUUUGACCGAUUCUGACGGUUGGAAACGGGGGAUAACACUUUUGGAACUCCUUCAGAAUAGAAAACGAUUAGUGAACAGACAAGCGCUGAUUACAAAACUGUUUGAAGUUCUGAAGUUCUGUUUGGAUUUCGAAGAGCAAUCAGGAGUGGAAUAUGUAAAACAGAUGAUUUUAUCCUUGCUUUUGCAUUGUUGCACGGAGGCAGUGACCGGUUCCGAGCGGACGCUUUCAGGAAGUGCCUUCAAAGUCGAAUUGAUAGUUCAGUGUAUUCGUGGAACUCAAAAUCCACAGACCCAUCAUCACGCACUGCUGCUGUUGGCCCAUGUUGCACAUCUGGUACCGGAUCAGGUCUUGCAGAAUAUGAUGGAAAUUUUCACCUUCAUGGGUUCGUCCGUUGUCCGACAUGACGACGUAUACAGCAUUCAAAUCAUUUCAAAAAUAAUUGAAACAAUUAUACCGACAUUAGCCAGCGGCAUUGAAUCAGGUACUGACCACUCUAACCAAGAAAAAGUGAUACCAAUUUUGAAAAUUUUCUCCGACGUUAUUCUGGACGUUCCGGAACACAGACGAGUUCCGUUGUACUCGAAGCUAAUCCAAACGCUCGGACCGUCCGAAUAUCUGUGGGUAUUCCUGGGAGUUUUACUCGAAUCGGACGUCAUAAAAGGUGGAAAGAAAGCGGAAGAAGAGUCCGAAAAAAGAGUUGGGAAAAAGAAACAUCGAAUCGAGCCCGAAUACUCGCCAAACUUUACCAAACGGCUGGAAAUCGGUAUGAAUGUUGUGCGAGAGUUUGAGCCGUCGGUGAUUGUAGAAACUUGCACCCAACUGCUGCGUUACAUCCAGCAGUUGCCGCUGCAGAUUGACAGUAAAAAGCACGGCAUGGAUGUAGAUACAACUGACACGGAGAUUUUCAGCAUUGAAACCCACACGAAUAAACAGCUUCGACAUUACCGAUAUUCCAGCUGUUUGUUUGUUGGAACGCUGAUAAAAUCAAACCAUGUAAUCAACAAAAUAGCCCUCCUAAAUGAGGAUGAAACGAACGCAAUGAAGGUGUGCUAUCGAGAUUUGAUAGUUGGCAGCUUGGCGUAUGUCAAUGUUGUAGCCAAAAUUCUAGAUCAAGCUCGCAGCGAAAAUGACGAACGGGAAAAAAGUUACUGGGAAAUUUCUCUCGUUAGAUGCUAUGAAAUUUUGGAGGGUGUUAUUGCUCUACUGGCACCUGACAUGAUGAUCACUGUUUUCAGUGGGCUUUUGAAGCAUCGCACUCUAUUGAUUCGAUUGAAAGUUAUUGAUAUUUUCAACAAAAAACUUCAGUACAGUCAAGAUUAUUUCGACGAAACUCAUCACUCAAGACUGCUGGAUCUUCUCAAUCCCUUACUGCAGCUAGUGAAAGAUAUUUUCAUCGAAGAUAAUGUAAUCGGAAGCACUUCAGCAAGGUUCAAAAUUGCACAGGAAACAUAUCUAACAUUUAAGCAUCUGUCAAAGAUCCUUGCACAAUCGAAUCCUGCCCCAUUUAAGCCAAUUCUAGCCGGGUGUGUCGCAGAGCUGCAUGACUACAAGAAAAAUCCUAAUCCUCAGCUGUUAGCUUCGUUAAUACUGUGUAUUGGAGAAGUGAGCGUGAAUGUUGGCGCUCACUCUAUUCCAUAUCUACCAAAGUACGUUCCAAUGUUAACAAAAUUUAUCGCUCGCCAAGUACAAGCAGAAGAAACCUUUGAUAUGCUUACCAGUAGUAUCAUUACAUCAAUACUGAAACUAAUUGAUGUUCUAGCUCGCUUUCUUAGCCCGUAUUUAAAAGCAAUCAUUGUGGGUAUUUCAAAACUACACGCCAAACUAUCGGAUAAAAAUGAUCCACGCCUAUCGAAUAUAGCUUCUAGGCUAUCUCAUAUUUGGGAAAAACUAGCAGCGUUGAUCCCACUUCGUGUGCUUAUUCCUUCCAUCGAGGAAGCUUAUGGUGAUCUAGUUAAAGAUGGAGCUCUGGACGCUAUAGGACCCCUGAUGAAACUGCUAUCCAAUUCUUUCGACAACAUUCAAACCAAUGAAUUCAACUCGCUUCAAUCCGAGCUGUCCGAUUUCUUCUUAUCCGCGCUGCAGUUCCGUUGUGACAACGCCUCUAGCACCAAAUACCUUUCACGAUCCAUUGACACCGCUGAAGAACAUGUGAUCAGAGCGUUCGUUGUACUGAUUCUUAAACUAUCGGAAAGCACCUUCCGUCCCCUCUACUACAAAGUGUUCGAAUGGGCCAACCGAGAAUCAUCUAGUAACGAUCGUGCCAUCACCUUCUUCAACCUCUCCAGUCACGUGGCGGAAGCAUUAAAACAUCUAUUCGUUCUCUUCGCCAGCGAGUUGAUAACUAACGCCGCUAAACUACUGGAAGCGACAAAUUCUAGCAAAACAUCGCAAGAACAGUACUUCCCGGAACCGAAGAAAAAUGCAACCCUGGUGCGAUACAUCCUGCGCACACUGUUGAGUGUUUUCGUCAAUGAUAACCAAAACUUCAUCAACUUGAUUCGCUUCGACACGCUACUGCAGCCGAUUGCCGAUCAGCUGGAGAAUAGGAUCAUUUUCGAGGACAAAGCAAUACGCCAGCUGGUGGUUGACUGUUUGGCUCAGCUGGCAGUGGCCGUUGCUGACGACACUCUUUGGCGCCAACUUAACCAUCAGGUGCUGCUGAAAACUAGAAACAACGAUCCAGAAAUAAGAUUAUUCGCGUUGGAUGCUUGUACAGCGAUAGCUCUUAAAAUAGGAGAAAACUUUGCUCCACUGUUACCGGAAAGCAUUCCGUUCCUAGCCGAACUGCUAGAGGAUGAAAACGAAACGGUGGAGAGAGCUGUGCAGAAGACAAUUCGGGAGAUCGAGAAGGUCACAGGUGAAGAACUCCAUAAGUACCUUUAAGAAGGUAGUAGGCGUUGCGCGAGAAGUGUGGUUUUGUCGGAAAUGGCAAAGUGUUGUGAAUAAUGUUGAAAAUAUAUUUUUCAUACCUAA